GUAAAGGCUAAAAUUUUUUUUCAAACCAAACAUUUUAAACAAAAUCAAGAGAUUUUUUGAAAACAUGUCGACAUUCAAGAACCCUAAACAAUAAGGAAAGCAUUGCAACUUCCACACUGGGUCACUGCAAUGAAGGAAGAACUAGAGGCACUUCAUAAAAACAACACAUGGACAUUGGUUCCUACACCUUCACCACAAACUAAUAUUGUUGGAUCAAAUUGGGUGUUCAAAACAAAGUUGAAUUCUGAUGGCAAUGUUGAUAGAUUUAAAGCCCGAUUGGUAGCACGAGGAUACUCUCAAGUACCAAGAGUAGACUUUGAGGAGACUUUUAGUCCUAUUCUAAAACCAACAACCUUGCGGCUAGUCCUUGCUCUUGCUACAACUUUGUUCUGGCCAUUUAGACAGCUAGAUGUAAAGAAUGCUUUUCUCCAUGGCAACCUCAAGGAAGAAGUGUACAUGCGCCAACCACUUGGCCUUGAAGAUCUAAUUCAUCCUGACUAUGACACUAUACUACUUUUAUUAUAUGUGGAUGACAUUGUCCUCACAGCUAGCUCAUUGACAUUACUACAAGAAGUUAUCAACAAUUUAAGCAACAAGUUUGCCCUUAAGGACCUCGGAUCUCUUAGCUACUUUUUAGGUAUUGAAGUUACCAAGUUCCUAGAGGGCAUUUUUCUAUCACAAGCUAAAUAUUCCAGAGAUGUUCUUACUCAAGCUUCCAUGCUUGAAGCUGCAACUAUUGCUACCCCAUUGGUGGCCAAAGACACAAUUACUCCAUGAGACAAUGAUCUUGUGGAUACACAAAAGUAUAGGAAAAUUGUUGGGGCCCUACAAUAUUUGACAAUUACGAGAAUUGACAUAUGUCAUGCUGUUAAUAGAGUUUGCCAAUUCAU